AUGUCUGCCUGUAUCUUCUGUAAAAUCAUCAAGGGUGAAAUCCCUUCGUUUAAGCUUAUCGAAACUAAACUUACAUACUCUUUCCUCGAUAUCCAGCCAACCGCUGAAGCCCACUGUCUCGUAAUCCCAAAGUAUUGCGGUGCGAAAUUGCACAAUAUCCCAGAUGAGUAUUUGGCUGAUAUCUUGCCAGUGGUUAAGAAGUUGACCAAGGCAUUGAAAUUGGACGUCAACAAUACCCCUCUGGGUGAAGGUUACAACGUGUUACAAAAUAACGGAAGAAUUGCUCACCAGGAAGUUGAUCAUGUUCACUUUCAUCUUAUUCCUAAGAAGGACACUGAAUCAGGCUUGGGAGUCGGCUGGCCUGCACAACCAACGGACUUUGAGAAGUUGGGUAAAUUACAUAAAGAGCUCCAAGCAGCAUUGGCAGAUAUUGACGAAAAGUUGUAA